GCAUUUCAGGGAGACCAGCCCAAGUUUUUAGGGUGGGGAUCCAGACUGGUUAUACGUACCUCAGUCCUUCUCCCAGAGGAAGGCAGAAACACCUCAAAGCCUGCAUGUAAGAACAUCUACUGGGAAAUCAUUUUAAUCAGACGCCAGCUGAGUGGGAGAAAGAAAAAGAACAGAGAAGAACAAAGCUCCCUUGGUCUCGGAUGUAAGGGACACCACCGCGGCGAUGGACUGGCAACCCUUCACAGCAGCAGCCCUGCUCCUCUGCCUGGUCAUGGUGGAAGUUAACAGUGAAUUUCGAAUCCAGGUAAGAGAUUAUAACACUAAGAACGGCACCAUUAAGUGGCAUUCAAUCAGAAGACAGAAACGGGAAUGGAUCAAGUUCGCUGCAGCCUGUCGUGAAGGCGAGGACAACUCAAAGAGAAACCCAAUUGCUAAAAUUCAUUCAGAUUGUGCUGCAAACCAACAAGUUACAUAUCGCAUCUCUGGAGUAGGAAUUGAUCAGCCACCGUAUGGAAUCUUUAUUAUUAAUCAAAAAACUGGUGAAAUUAAUAUAACAUCUAUAGUUGAUCGAGAGGUCACUCCUUAUUUCAUUAUUGUUUGCCGGGCUCUGAAUUCACUCGGUCAAGAUUUAGAGAGGCCUCUGGAGCUCAGAGUCAGGGUUUUGGACAUAAAUGACAACCCUCCAGUGUUUUCCAUGUCUACAUUUAUAGGACAAAUAGAAGAAAAUUCCAAUGCAAAUACACUGGUGAUGAAACUCAAUGCUACCGAUGCAGAUGAACCAAAUAACUUGAAUUCAAAAAUCGCCUUCAAGAUCAUAAGACAGGAACCUUCUGAUGCACCUAUGUUCAUCAUCAACCGGAAUACUGGAGAAAUUCGAACAAUGAAUAAUUUCCUAGACAGAGAGCAAUAUGGCCAGUAUUCUCUUGCUGUAAAAGGCUCAGACCGAGACGGUGGGGCAGACGGCAUGUCGGCUGAGUGCGAAUGCAGCAUUAAAAUCCUGGAUGUCAAUGACAACAUCCCCUACCUGGAGCAGUCUUCAUAUGAACUCAAAAUUGAAGAAAAUGCUCUAUAUUCAGACUUGCUCCAGCUCAGAGUAAUUGAUUUGGACGAAGAGUACACAGCAAACUGGAUGGCAGUAAUUUUCUUCAUUUCUGGAAAUGAAGGAAAUUGGUUUGAGAUAGAAAUGAAUGAAAGAACAAAUGUAGGAAUUCUUAAAGUUGUUCAGCCCCUAGAUUAUGAAGCUGUGAAGAAUGUGCAACUCAGUAUUGGUGUUAGAAAUAAAGCUGAAUUUCAUCAUUCGAUUAUGUCUCAAUAUAAAGUCGUAGGUACCGCGAUCUCCGUGGUUGUGUCAAAUGUAAUUGAAGGUGCAGUGUUUCGCCCAGGUUCAAAGACAUAUGUGGUAACAAGUAACAUGGGAGCAAAUCAUAAAGUGGGAGACUUUGUAGCUACUGACCUGGACACAGGUUCAGCUUCAACAACUGUGAGAUAUGUAAUGGGAAAUAAUCCAGCUGACCUGCUAGCUGUUGACUCAAAAACAGGCACUCUCACUUUGAGAAAACAAGUUACCAUGGAACAGUAUAAAAUGCUUAGGGGAAGAUACGAAGGGACACUUUUAUCUAUAGAUGAUUCUCUCCAUAGAACUUGCACUGGCACAAUUGUUAUUGACCUUGAAGGUUCUGGCUGGUCAACAGCAGAAGGUGGUGGAACUGAGACAGAAAACCAAGGUGGUACAAGCACUAGCACAGAUACCAGUACUGGUACCAUUCCCCGUACUGAUGAAAGUGAUGCUGGAGAUACUACUAGUACCACAGGUGAAGGUGUUUCCACUAAUGAAAAUGACAACUCUGGAGGAACUGACUAUGGUGAGGGUGGUAAUACCCAAAAUACACAACAAGGAGGAGGAGGCGCAGGAGGCGGAGGAGUAGAAAAAGAAAGUUCAGCAGAUAACGUGCACUUUGGUCCUGCUGGGAUUGGACUACUCAUCAUGGGAUUCCUAGUCCUAGGACUGGUCCCGUUUCUGAUGAUCUGUUGUGACUAUGGAGGUCCCGCUGGGGGCAGUGCUGGCUUUGAGCCUGUUCCUGAGUGCUCUGAUGGAGCGAUUCACCCAUGGGCCGUAGAAGGACCACAGCCCGAACCCCACGAUAUGGCCACUAUCUGCGUACCGCAGAUACCACCCGGGGGUGCGACCAUGAUGGAAUGUAUUGACAACUCGGGUGUUUACACAAACGACUAUUGUGCCAGAGAAAUGCAAGAUCUGGGAGGAGGAGAAAGAACAACAGGAUUUGAACUAAUGGAAGGAGUUAAAACAUCAGCCGCACCUGAGAUAUGCCAAGAAUAUUCUGGAACAUUAAGAAGAAACUCUAUGAGGGAAUGUAGAGAAGGAGGUCUGAACAUGAAUUUCAUGGAAAACUAUUUCUGUCAGAAAGCAUACGCUUAUGCCGAUGAGGAAGAAGGGCGCCCAUCCAAUGACUGCUUGCUCGUGUAUGACAUUGAAGGUGCAGGCUCCCCCGCUGGCUCUGUGGGUUGUUGCAGCUUCAUUGGUGAAGACUUGGAUGAAAGCUUUUUGGAUACCCUGGGGCCCAAAUUUAAGAAGCUGGCAGAUAUCAGCCUGGGAAAAGAAACCGAAUGCUAUCCAGACCCUGAUCCCUCAUGGCCUCCUCGGAACACUGAGCCAAUCUACCCUCCGCAGACAACAGGGCCCAUUCCUAGCGGACUCGCAUCAGUCUCCCAGCAGGUUGGCACCACCACCGUCAUUUCUGAGAGUACCUACCCCUCGGGACCUGGUGUACAUCAUCCCAUGCCUAUUCCCGACCCUCUGGGCUAUGGCAAUGUCACUGUAACCGAGUCCUACACCACCUCUGGCUCUCUGAAGCCUGCUGUCCACCUUCAUGAUAACCUGCAUGCGCCCAAUGUGGUGGUGACGGAGAGGGUGGUGGGCCCAAUCUCGGGCGCUGAUUUUCAUGGAAUGUUAGAGAUGCCUGACCUGAGAGAUGGCUCCAAUGUUAUAGUGACAGAGAGGGUCAUAGCGCCAGGCUCAAGUCUACCCACCACUCUGACUAUCCCUACUCCCAUAGAGUCUUCAAAUGUGGUUGUUACAGAAAGAGUAAUCCAGCCAACCUCUGGCAUGAUAGGCAGUCUAGGUAGGCACCCAGACUUAUCCAAUGCCCACAAUGUGAUUGUGACAGAGAGGGUUGUUUCUGGCGCUGGCAUGGGUGGAAUUAGUGGGGCAGCUGGGAUAAGUGGUGGCGUAGGCAGCAGUGGCCUGGUUGGCACCAACAUGGGUGUCAGUGGCAGUGGCCUGAGUGGGCCUGGCAUAAGUGGUGGUGGCAUCGGGAUGGGUGGCCUGGGUGGGGGUGGGGGCCUGAGUGGCAAUGUGGGGGGGACAGCCACUAUUAGCCACAUGAGGAAUUCCUCUGACCAUCACUUUACCCAGACCCUGGGAUCUGCCUCCCCUAGCACGACUCGAAGUCGAAUCACAAAGUACAGUACGGUUCAGUAUACCAAGUAGUUUGUGUCCCGGAGCGCUUGCUCACGGUACUUAUGGCUUAGAUUCGGUUCCCACCACCCAAAAUCUACUCAUGCAACUUAUGAUGCACAGCUAGGUGCUAAGAGCUCCAUUUUGCUGUGAGAAACCACAAUGAGAAAAAUAAAUGGAAACAUGGCCUUGGGAGAGAGAGCUCUCUGUACAUUUAUUUGUAAAUUGUUUCCUUAUAUCAAUAUUAAUGACCUCAUGACAGUGGCCUUAACAUGACUUCUGUGUGCCUAUUUUGUUUCUACGUGGCCUGUAGUUUAUAGCCAGCAUGUGGCAUAAAUAAAAUGUAAUCAUGUAAAACUACUGCCCUUCACAUGGCAUUUGGCAUAAUUUUCCUAUAAUUUGCCAGGUAACCCAGGCAGUAUUCAAAAAUAACUAAACAUGCAAUAUAUUGCCAUGUGUAAUCUGAAAUGCUACCUUGUCAAUUUCAGAGAUAGUGUUAAUAAAAUUCCAACCACAGAUUCAGACCAGGGUUAACCAUUUAAGAAUCUGAUUACCUAAUCAAUUCCAUUAGAAACUAGCAACAGAAGGAGAUUUGUUCAGGGUCAACUGGCAAUGCCUGCACUUGAACCUCAAGCGGGUGGGUUUCAGUUCAAAGUCAAGGACCUUGAUCCCAGUUUAGGGUUAAUGGUAGCUGUGCUCUGGAAGAAUAUUGCUUCCCAGGGAGGUUAUGAGACAUCACAUGCAUUUUUCUCUUUACCGCUGUGGCUAUAUUAAUUAAUAAUAAAGGAAAACUUCUCAGGCCGAGUGGAGUGACGGGUGAUAUGAUUGUCAUAUUUACCUCCUGGGUAAGCAGAUACAAACUGCACUGCAUUGUCAGAGCAUGUUUCCAGCAAGUGUUACUCACUCCUAUCCAGCCCUUUGUUACAUAGCUCCAAAGUUAAAAUGAUUUACCUAAGCUGAGCUGUGGGGGGGGAGCUCACUGCAUGGUUAAGAUAUAGGGGAGUUUUUUUAAGGGGAUCUCAAAAAAAUGUUUUUAGAACAAGCAAACUGUUUUAAAUAGGGAAGUUAGAAAAGAAUCGUUUGGUAAAGCAAAAUCGAACUAAUUAUUAGCUUUGAGUUUAGUACUUUCUUUUAACAACCCUCUGCCGCCAUUUUGAAGUGGUCAGCCAUGAACCUUUUACAGAGUUGAUGAUAUUGUGUUGGAAAGAAUAAAAUAGUACUAGACAAACCCAUUUCUUUCUCUCCCUAACUAAAUUUUUUCACUAGCAUAAAUUUUAAAAUCCUGAUUUGAUUUGUCAAUAAAGUCUUGGCUUAUAAAUGUUCUGAUAAAUAGAUAAUUCCCAAAUAAUAUAGUGUGACAUAUUUUUCUAGCUUCAAAAUGUAGUAAUGUGCUAUUUAUGAUGUAUUAUUUCUGUGUAUUUGCUAUAUAAUGUUUUCUGAUUACAAAUCUCCAAAACGAAGCAACACAUUCUAAAAAAUAGGUACAUUUACCAUUGCAUGGGAGAGGAGUUGUUUGGUUUCUUUUUCUUUGUGUUCUUAAAAUUAAUUGUGGAUGUAAGCUCAGUAAAGUGAUAUUGGAUACAGCAAAAUACAACUAGAAAACAAUUCUUCCUCCUGGAGCUGUGAAUUAUAUACUAUAAAAGAUUUUUCCCCUAGUCAACUAUUCACAUUGUCUAUGGUGUUAGGAGAUCCAAGAAUCAUUGUUCAACUUCCAAUGCUUGUCACAGAGGUCUGAGAGUGAAUUACCUUACCUAGAGCUAUUUUGCUCCAUAUAGUAGCAAAUGAGAUUAAUAUGAUAAAAGUCACAAUAUACAUCUUACCUUAGCUCUGUAGAAUAUGUAAAAUUUUGAUAAUCUGUAAUAUGCUCAAAUGCAGAGGUGUAAAUAAAGUCAUUCAAAGGGAGUCUUUCUUUUAUUUUUUCUGUCAUUAGGGGGUUCUGUUAAGAAAGAUAAAUAUUUUUCCAGAAGUAAAAACAAAAGGCAAUUUAUUGAAAAUACUUGUGCAUGCCUAGGUUCAGGAAUUUGAAGAAAUACAAAUAAUUAUUAAUUAUUUUUAAUAUUACUUAAUUAAUGGGAAUGAUAUUUGACCACAGGAAACAUAUGUGUUGUCCUGAUGCAUCAUAGUAAGUCUUUUCUUUUUUUUUCUUUAGUACCAAGGGUGGAGAUUGAACUCAGGACCUUACGCUUGCCAGGCAGGCGCUGUGCUACUGAGCUAUAUCCCCAAACCCAUAAGUCUUUUCUUAAGACACCUGAAACAUUCCAGAUAUAUUUUUGAAUGUUGUCUAACAAAUGACAGAGGGACUAUCUUUAAAAACUAUUGUUAUUAAGAUCCUUUAGUUUAUAAAACCAUGAGAAAUCCAAAUUUUAAGUGGUAGUAUUAAUCGUUCAUCUUUCUAGGAAGAUACUUUCAAAUGAAAUAUUUUUCUGGAUUGGACAAUGAUGUUCUGUUUAGUCCUAAAUUUAAAAAUUACUUUUCAAAGACAUCAACCAUUCUAAGACUCAUUUAAAGGAAUAUUUUCAAUGAGCAGUCUUUGUUCCUGUCUUUAGAUGCUUUAUUCUAACUCAUGUGCAUUAUUCCAUAGGCCUAGAAGAGUCAUGGAAUCAUUUUAAAAAUAAAUAGCUAUAAUUUAGGUCCCUAUUGCAAGUUAAAUCUUAGGUCAACUUGCUCUUAACAGAAGGAAGAAGGAAUAGACAGCAAUUUAAUGUUAUGCAUAUAUGGUUUGCAAAUAAACCACAAUAUUUAUACAUCGAAAUUUCUAAAGAAAUAAUUCUUAAGGGCAAAAAAGUUAAUGUAUCCCAAACAUUCUACCAUUCAAUAUCAAUGAAAAUACUAUCUUCUGUUAAUUUGACAUUGAUUUUCAGAUACAUUUGCUACUUAUUAUGGACUCCAUGCAUAAGGAUUAAUGUAACUGUAUUUGCACUGAAAUUUUAUAGAAAGCUAACAUUUUAGGGCUAUGUAUAUACCUUCAUCUGGAUAUCUGGUCUACAUGUGUGUAUGAAGGUUUUAGCAUUGUACUGUAGUUUCCAUUCCACACAAUGUUCUGACAAAAUUUUAAUUAUAUAUCUUCAAAAAUUAUAUUUUUAUAUUGUUGAUGCCUUUAGCUGUACAAUUUAUUUUUGAAUUCAUAUGGAAAUUUUAUUGUCAGCCAAGGCAUGACAUUUGUGACAUUCUGAAUUUUGUGGGAUAUUAAAGGGAUAAACAGUGGCAAAAACAACCAUGGCUGUCUUGGAUAUACAUUUAAAACCAAAACAAACUUUUUAAAGAACUGGACUACUUUUCCACGCAGAUUUCAUAAUUUCUAACCUUCAAUUUCUGGCAUUUUAAGGCCUAUUCUGCAUUGCCCCAAAAUAUACAAUAAUUCGCACAAAAUCAAGUAUGUCUUCCGUUCCAGGUUAUUCAAUGUGUCAGAACAAAGCCUGAAUGAAUAAUUUAUUUUUUAAUUCUCUACAUUCCCUUCCAUUUAGCUAUAUUUAACUUACUAAACAAUUUAUGAUCAAACUGUGCUUAGUCUAAUUUAUUUUUCUUUUGAUGCCUAUUUUUCAAGCAUUUUAAAACUCUAAUAUUCGUCUUUGGUGAUGUUUAAAACAAGACGUUUUUCUCUGAGCGUCAAUACAAAAGGUUUGGGGCUGUUUGGGUGCCAGUUCUUUGCUUCAUCAUCUGUUGCCUGUUUUAAGAUGGUUUAUAUUUCCAAACAAUUGUGUUUACAGCAAUAAAAUGCUUUUGAUGCCUCCA